UUCGAGCUGGGCAGCGCCCCGAGCGCCGAAUAAGCUUCGCAGGACAAAAGAGAAGAACAAAAUGGAAAAUAUGUUAUUUUGUUGGAUAUUUUUCACCCUUGGGUGGACCCUCAUUGAUGGAUCCGAAAUGGAACAGGAUUUUAUGUGGCACUUAAAAAAAAUCCCCCGGAUUGUCAGUGAAAGGACUUUCCAUCUCACCAGCCCCAGCUUUGAGGCAGAUGCUAAGAUGGUGCUCAAUAGAGUGUGUGGCAUUGAAUGCCAGAAAGAACUCCCACUUCCCAGCCUUUCUGAUCUGGAAGAUUCUCUUUCCUUUGAGACUGUCUUUGAGAAUGGCACCCGAACCUUGACCAGAGUGAAAGUCCAAGAUGUGGUCCUUGAGCCCACUCAAAAUGUCAGCGUGAAAGGGGCAUCUGUUAGGAGGAAGAGACAGGUGUACGGCACAGACAGCAGGUUCAGCAUCUUGGACAAAAAGUUCUUAACCAAUUUCCCUUUCAACACAGCCGUGAAGCUCUCCACGGGCUGCAGUGGUAUUCUCAUUUCCCCCAGCCACGUUCUAACAGCUGCCCACUGUGUGCAUGAUGGGAAGGACUACAUCAAAGGGAGUAAAAAGCUAAGGGUAGGGUUGUUGAAGAUGAGAAAUAAGGGUGGUGGCAAGAAACGGAGGGGUUCUAAGAGGAGCAGGAGAGAAGCCAAUGGUGGCGACCAGCGAGAGGAUCCCAAAGACAAUCUGGAGAGAGCCAAGGCUGGAAGAAGAAGAAAGGAAUCUGGUCGGGGUCGUAGAGUCCCUGAGGGGAGGCCCUCCUUCCAGUGGACCCGGGUCAAGAAUACGCACAUUCCCAAAGGCUGGGCCAGAGGAGGGAAGGGGGAUGCUGCUUUGGACUAUGACUAUGCUCUUCUGGAGUUGAAGCGCGCUCACAAAAAGAAAUACAUGGAACUAGGAAUCAGUCCAGCCAUCAAGAAGCUGCCUGGGGGAAUGAUCCACUUCUCAGGAUUUGAUCAUGAUAGGGCCGAUCAGUUAGUCUACAGGUUUUGUAGUGUGUCCGACGAAUCCAGUGAUCUCCUCUAUCAAUACUGUGAUGCCGAGUCAGGCUCCACUGGUUCUGGGGUCUAUCUGCGUCUGAAAGAGCCAGACAAGAAGAAUUGGAAGCGCAAAAUCAUUGCAGUCUAUUCAGGCCACCAGUGGGUCGAUGUCCACGGUGUGCAGAAGGACUACAAUGUGGCGGUGCGCAUCACUCCCCUCAAGUACGCCCAGAUCUGCCUCUGGAUUCAUGGAAAUAACGCCAACUGUACUUACGGCUAA